UCACCAACUGCACCAGCUGCACACGCACAAACACAAAUAGAGGCUGCAGAGCCAUAUUCUCAACACGUUUCGAGUUUUGGUCUUUGUCACGAAAAUUGGCCCGGCCCGGCCCGAUCAUAGGCCAGACAAUUGCCAAGUGAAACGGAUAAACCGCUUUCAAACAUAGAAGUGUCCUCUUUCAACUUUCUCUCUCCUUCUCUCACCCCAUUUGCCCGGCAACAGAGACGAAUCCUCCCCCCCAAUUUUCCCGUGUUAGGCAUGAAUACAAUCCAAGGGACAAGAAAAAGCCACAUCGAUUGAAGCUUGUGGAGAAAAAAUAAAGCCCGCCCGUACAGUUUGGAAUUUUGGAUGAACCUAUACCGAACCUCCAAAACCAUGAACCUUCUGCCUCUUUUCUUCUCAAUUGGGUUUGGCCGAACCACCAAAGGGUAUGGUCGAACUUCUAGUAGGUUUGGUCGAACCUCAAACAUGUUUGGUCGAAUUUCUCCUGCUUCAUGGCAAUUUCUCGUAAAACAGUCAUAACUUCGUCGUUUCUCAUCCAAACGAGCUUAUGACCACGCGUCAGAAACUAUUAAACCAAGCUUUCACCUCCAACUUGAAUCAACUCAAUCUAAUGAGUAAAUCAUGAGAUAUGUCCAUUUGAAGUCAGUCAUUCCACUAUAAUGACACAAAUAUCCUUCAACGAGGAUUCGAGGCACACAUAACAUUAAACUUCAUCAUUAUCAUUAUCAUUAUCAUUAUCAUUAUCAUUAUCAUUACCCCAUUGCCUCAAAGAGGCUCCCGCUUCUCCCGUAAGAAGCGGGGUAAGGGGGGUCGGGUGUACGCAAUCUUACCCUUGCAAUUGCGGAGAGGUUGUUUCCAAUUGACCCAAAAGCGAUAACGGGACUACAACGGGAAUUAGAAAAGAUUGGCGUCAAUUAGGAACGUUGUCAGGCCUUGUAUUGCAUCAUUUAUUUGAUAUUUCGGCUUUGAAUGCUGUUCUUUUUAUAGAACCGUGUAUGUAUUUGUAUUCGUUUGUACUUUGAGUUAGUUAGAAACAUUUGAAUAACUUAACGUGAGAGAUGGGAUAUUGAUUUGAAUGUUUGAACAGUGAUAUGGGUGAGGUAAUAAGUUAUGUUGAUCGAAUCUCCGAACUACCCGACUUCAUUCUUCACCAAAUACUGUCAUAUCUUUCGACAAAAGAGGCCGCCCAAACUAGUCUUAUAUCCAAGAGGUGGCGAUAUGUUUGUGAAACUUUCCCUAUCCUAGAUUGUGAUGAAUGGUUUUUUGGAAGAGAAUUGGAUAUACUUAAUCCCAAGGAGCUUGGUAUGCCUAAAGAUGAGCGACGCAAGAUUUUUAAUCGAAGAGUGAAGUUCAUGAGUUAUGUUGAUGAGAAACUGUGUAGAUUUCAUGAGGAGAAUCUUUGUGUAAAGAAGUUUCUUCUUCAUAUUACUCUUGUGAGUAACGAUUUGGCCACUCGUGUUGAUACUUGGAUGGAAUUGAUUGCUGGUUUGCGUGUUCAAGAACUUGAUCUGUAUCUUACUGUGGGAAGAGAAAGAUUAUAUGACCUACCUAUGAAGUUGCUUGCAACAGAAUCAUUAGCCGUUUUAACUUUAAGGGGUUGUCUUCUAUUAAGCAGCCGUCUUGACAAGAGUGCUAUUAGACUCUGCUCUCUAGUUGAGCUGUAUCUUAGGGAUGUUUCUAUAGAUCAGGAUACAAUUCAAGAUCUCAUUUUCUCCAUUCGUUCGAUGGAAGUACUCUCUUUGAAGAAUUGUUUGGGAUUUGAGAAUCUUGAAAUUAGUGAUCAUGAUAAGCUGAAGAAGAUGGUGUACCAUCCUCAUAAAGACCUCAAAGUCAAGAAGUUUAGCAUUAAGGUACCAACGUUGGAAGAACUCGAUUUUUGUAGUGUUGAUAAAGAUAAGACGGCAUGUGAAAUCAUUGUCAGUUCUGUUUGCCAAAAUCUAAAACGUUUGUCUCUGUGCGGCAUUCCCAUAGAUGCAAAGUGGCUCCAGAAAAUGAUUUCAUCCUUUCCCCUGCUCGAGCAUUUGUUUUUGGGUGGAUGUGUAUUGCAAAAAGUUAUGAAGCUCUCAAGUCGAGUUCUUAAGGUGAUACAGGUUAGCAAUUGCACUAAACUGGUGAAAGCAGAGUUUGAUACACCUAAUGUACAUAUAUUUGAAUAUCGUGGUAAGACCAUGCCUCGCUUAUAUUCAAACAGUGUUGCUGAUUAUCGGACUGCAGAACUUUCUGUUCGUCUUGGAAAUAUGGACAGUAUCUGGUUCAUGAGGUUGAACAACUUUCUCAGAGAUAACAAAUUCCAAGACCUGAGUCUUUCUAUGACUGCUACAUCAGGUAAAGAGAUAUCCUUCAACUCUGAGGACUAUAAGGAAAUCCAGCUUCUGCCCUUUGAACUCAACAAUAUGAAGCUGGUUACACAUACAUUGACAUCAGUAAACUAUGCAGCUCUUUUAGAUGGCUUAUUCUGGAACUUACGUCCCAGAAUUCUGUCAUUAGAACUUAAUUAUUAUUCACCUGAAUUUUUGAAGGGGAUAUUGAAAAGCUUGGUGGCAGAAGAAGAACCAGAUUGUUACUGCUCUCGGAAUUUUGAAUGCUGGCGUCACUUGUUAAAGGAUAUAAAGUUGAUUAAUGUGGGAAGUUUGAAGAGUGGUACUGUACUUGACAUUUUGACACUGAACAACUUGACCACUUUCUUGGAUAAUUGGGCAAUUGAAGCCCGGAGAACGGUUAAAUCUUAUGGAGCUCUCAAAGGGGAAACUCUGUCUUUUCAGUUGUCAUGGUAAUUAUGUAGCAGCACCUUGUUUAAUUAACAAGUAUUGUUAUGCGUUCUUGCAACAACGUGCAAUUGAGUCUGCAGAACAUUGUAUUAAUCUUGCACCAAUUUACGUAAGUAUAUAAGUUACUGUGGUACUUGAAUACGUCAUGGAAGUGGAAAUUUCUGAUGUGAAUAGAAAGUGUCAUCAGGACUUCGAAUUAGAGAGGAGGUGCUGUAUUGAUCCAAUCCUCAUUACUGAGGUUUGGGUGGAAUGUUAGGCAUUCUUAAUUAAAUAAAGUGGCUAAUCACAACACCAAGUAUGUAAUUUAAACCAUGAACACCUGAUAAGAUGAUGAAAUGGAACAACUGUUGACUACCA